AAUCAGCAUAUCUCAAUUCCCCAAAAGUUUCAUUUUCGGAGCAAGCACUUCCUCAUACCAGAAAAGAUUGAGGGGGCAACUCUUGAAGAUGGCAAGGGUUUAAGCAACUGGGAUGUUUUUAGUCAUAUACCAGGAAAUAUAAACAAUGAUGAGAAUGGUGAUGUAGCUGAUGAUCAUUAUCAUCGCUAUUUGGAAGACAUCAAGUUGAUUUCCUCUCUUGGAAUAAAUGUAUAUAGAUUUUCUAUUUCAUGGGCGAGGAUUCUACCUAGAGGAAUAUAUGGUGACAUAAAUCCAAGUGGGGUUACGUUCUACAACAAGAUCAUAGACAAUCUGCUGCUUAGAGGGAUUGAGCCAUUUGUGACAAUUCACCAUCAUGAUUUGCCAAGAGAACUGGAAGAAAGAUAUGGUGGUUGGCUUAGUCCCCUAAUACAGAGAGAUUUUGUUCAUUUUGCUGAAACUUGUUUUAAGAGCUUUGGAGACAGGGUUAAGUACUGGGUCACCAUCAACGAGCCCAAUCUGUAUGCAGACAUGGCUUUUAUAAGGGGAACAUAUCCCCCAGGUCACUGUUCGCCACCUUUUGGAAAUUGUCAUGCUGGUAACUCUGAUGUUGAGCCUCUCAUUGCCAUGCACAACAUGUUAUUGUCACAUGCCAAGGCUGUUCAAUUGUACCGCAAGCACUUUCAGGCAAAGCAAGGUGGAAUCAUUGGCAUUGUUGCUCAUACCUUCAUGUAUGAACCUCUUAGAGAUGAAGAACGUGAUAGAGAAGCUGUGAAAAGAGCCUUGGCUUUUGUUGUAGCCUGGUGCUUAGAUCCCUUGGUUUUUGGUGAUUACCCUGCUGAGAUGCGUUCUAUCCUUGGGAGUGAGUUGCCAAGAUUCUCUCUUAAGGAGAAGAGUCUCAUUAAAGGAAGCCUAGACUUCAUUGGCAUCAAUAACUAUGGAACUCUCUAUGCCAAGGACUGCUCCCUCUCUUCUUGUCCCCUCGGAACAGAUCGUCCAAUAAGAGGUUUUGUGGAAACAACUGGAACAAGAGAUGGAAUUCCAAUUGGUGAUCAGACAGGAGCGGAAAGGUUCUUUGUGGUUCCAAGGGGCAUGGAGAAGAUUGUAGACUACAUUAUGAUAAGAUACCAUAACAUGCCUAUGUAUAUUACAGAAAAUGGAUAUUCUCCACCACUCAAACCGAAUGUGACAAUACAUGAUUUACUACAAGAUUUCAAACGAAUAGAAUUUCAUAAAGCCUACCUUGCAGCUCUACUUAGAGCCAUAAGGAAAGGUGCAGAUGUAAGAGGAUAUAUGAUAUGGUCAUUGAUGGACAAUUUUGAAUGGGCAAGUGGUUAUGACAUAAGAUUUGGGCUCUAUUAUGUGGACAGACACACUCUUGAACGCAUUCCCAAACUUUCUGUUCAAUGGUUUUCUAGUUUCCUCAACAACACUAUCCGCACCAACAUAACAGAAGACUUAAGGGAGCAAUAUGUUAGAAGCAAAGUUGUGAUACAGAAGGCUGGUAGUAGUAAUGUUAUAUGAACUGGAUGAAAUGUACGGAUACUAGUGUGUGAGUACGACUUCCAUGUUAUGCAACUACACAUGGAAGACUUGAAUUCGAAACCUCUAAUUAAGUUAGAACAUGUAUCAAUGGACUUAUUUAUCAUAAACUUUUAUUUUAAAACA